CUUAAAUUAAGAAUGACAUUUGACAGCAUGGCUGCCACGGCUUUGGAUUCCGAAAUCAUGAAAAGUGAUAAAUAUUCCAUAUUAUUGCCCACAUACAAUGAGAGAGAAAACUUGCCUAUAAUAAUAUGGCUUAUUAUGAAAUAUUUGGAGAAAAGUGGCUACGAUUUUGAAGUGAUAAUAAUUGAUGAUGGAAGUCCCGACGGUACCCUGGAUGUGGCCAAACAGUUGCAAAAGCUGUAUGGAUCCAGUAAAAUUGUUUUGCGCCCGCGGGAGAAGAAACUAGGUUUAGGCACAGCAUACAUGCACGGUAUAAAACACGCAACUGGCAACUUUAUCAUUAUCAUGGACGCUGACCUUAGUCAUCACCCUAAAUUCAUACCCAAGAUGAUAGAGCUCCAACGGAAGCACGACUUUGAUGUGGUUUCCGGAACUCGUUACAAGGACGGUGGCGGCGUCUACGGUUGGGACUUCAAGCGCAAGCUCAUCUCCCGCGGUGCCAACUUUGUAACUCAGAUGCUAUUGAGACCGGGGGCUUCUGACUUGACAGGGUCCUUUAGAUUGUACAAAAAGGACAUCUUGCAGAAGCUCAUAGACAGCUGUGUGUCUAAGGGCUAUGUGUUCCAAAUGGAAAUGAUUAUCAGAGCACGCCAACUAGACUACACAAUUGGCGAGGUGCCCAUAACGUUCGUGGACCGCGUGUAUGGAGAGUCCAAGCUCGGAGGCUCCGAGAUAGUGCAGUUUGCUAAGGCUCUACUAUACCUGUUCGCUACCACGUGAUCUUGCUGUGGGGGAGGGAGGGGGGAAGCGGGGGUGUUCUUUUGGAACAAAACUAUACUCUGUAUCUUUAGAUAUUUAAAUAAAAGUAAACAAAACCUACCCUCAAAUGGCUCCUUAAGCCAGUUGAGGGUAGAUGAAAACAUUACAUGAUCAAAUAAUGUAGGUUAAAGUCAGAUCGUUCAGUGACAGAUCCAGGUGGUUUUGUAUUUGGUCGGUUAACCAAUAAAUGUUAUAACUACCCGCAAAUGUACAAAUUGUUCGUUUACUUUUAUUUAAAUACCUAAAGAUGCAGAGUACCUAUAAUAGUUAUAAAUAACUUUUGCACGUUGCACCAAAACGUCUGUCACCGUCAACACGUUCGCUUAAUUAUUUUGUAAUAAGUUUUUUGGCAAUAAUUUCAUUUUUGGUACAAGUUUUAUCGUUGACUGUAAUUUUCUUUCCACAUGCAACUAAUACGCACCGAGACAAUUCUAACGACCACAAGUAUGAGAAGCUUCUGAAAAUUUCCUUUGUAAAAAUUUCGCAUGAAAAAAAAAAUCCAGUGGCACAUACAUACCAUACCCGCAAGUUCUGCAAUAUACGCUAUAUAUUUUUACCUAGCCCUAUAUGUGACGUUCCACGGCAAAAGGUACCUUAUGGCGGCUGGCGCUUACGUCGCAUAGCGCCGCAAUAAUAUUGGAGCGGCGUUAAUAAUAGCGUAAGCGCCAACCGCCAUAAGGUACCUUUUCGCCUGGGACGUCACAUAUAUAUUGUAGAUUUACCAGUAGGUAAUCUAGUAAUCAGUGGACGAUGUUGUUGGUCUCGCACUUUAUUAUCCUUUGUACUCUAUUUCUGUGUCUAAACCCUGUGUUACUGUUUUUUGUCCCAAAUAAAUUGAAAAAAAUAAUUCUACAUCCACAUAUGUUCCAAAACAUGUGAAACUGAAACAUGUACAAGUACUUAAAUAUUCUAGAAACAUGAAAAUGAGCAAUCUUGUGUACGAUGAAAUAAUUUAUGUGCAUAAUUUUAAAUAUAAUUGGAUCGGUGACGUUAUUCACAUUCCAUAAGCUAAGGCCGCGGCCGAUGGGGAAGCGGUGAGCGGAGCGUGCAGCGGGCGAACGAGCGAUUUUUAUUAUUCUUAUAAACUUAUGAUUAUGAUAAUAUUGAUAAUGUACAUAGAUAUAGAAAUAUAUAAAUAAAGAUUUUGUUACAAUA